UUUGCCUUAUGCAUAAAUCGAAGUCUGUCGCGAUGUGUUUGUAAGACAGACAAAUAAUCCGAUGCAAAAUGCUUUUAGUUUAGUUGUUAAUAAUUGUCUAAAGAGCGCAGACAAGUUGUCAUCACUUUAUCGUAGAAGUUUUGGACUUUAGCAUGGUAGUUUCAGCCCUAUGUAGCUUUGUACUAAAUUAAACAAGCCAAAUACGUUGACUGGGUAAGUGAAUAUACAGUACAGGUUUAAAGUUAAGCAAGAUUAAGUGAAGCAGAAGAUGGAGCAGCAGUCUGCCGGGAGCAGUGGAUCUGGGGGUCAUCUUCUCUCCAGCAUCGCUCUCAACGAUAACAAGGCUGGUAUGGAGGGACUGGACAGAGAUAAGAUCAACAAGAUCAUUAUGGAGGCUUCCAAGGGAUCAAGAUUUUAUGAGAAUGAACUGAAGAAAGACCGUCAGGUGAAUCAGCGCAUUGAAAAGAUGAUGGAGCAAAAAGCCAAAAUCACCAAAGAACAGAUGAAGCAAGCACAAGCAGAGGUAGACAAGCUGAAAUCUGAACUGGAGAGGGGUCGAGAACUGGGGCGUGUGAUAGUUCACGUAGACAUGGAUGCCUUCUAUGCUGCUGUAGAAAUGAGAGAUUGCCCAGAGCUAAAAGACAAACCAAUGGCGGUGGGAUCCAUGAGUAUGCUGUCUACCUCCAAUUACCACGCUAGGAGAUUUGGUGUUCGUGCUGCCAUGCCAGGUUUUAUCGCUAAGAAACUCUGCCCAAACCUUAUCAUUAUGCCCACCAACUUUGACAAAUACCGAGCAGUGAGCGCACAGGUACGGGAGAUAUUUUCCGACUACGAUCCUCAUUUUAUGCCUGUGAGUCUGGAUGAGGCUUACUUGGACAUUACUGAACACCUGGAGCAGCGCGAGCACUGGCCUGAGUCCAUGAGAACACAUUACAUGGGCGAUGCCAAGAAAGAAAAUAAUUCAGACGUGCCUGCAGUUGAGUCAGAGAAAGAUGGACUGUCCCCAGUGCUGUUUGAAGACAGUCCAAGCUCCUCCCCUUUUUUGACUGAGGCCAAUGGGAAAGCAGUGGUGUUUGGGACGAGUGCAGAGGAGGCUGUGAGGGAGAUGCGCUUUCGUAUCGAGCACAAAACAUCUUUAACAGCUAGCGCGGGCAUUGCCCCAAACAUGAUGCUCGCAAAGGUGUGCAGUGACAAGAACAAGCCGAAUGGCCAGUACAGAAUUCCUCCUGAGAGAGAAGUUGUGAUGGAUUUCAUUAAAGAUCUUCCUGUCAGAAAGGUAUCUGGUGUUGGUAAGGUUACAGAGAAGAUGUUGGCUGCAUUAGGUAUUGUCAGCUGUGCCCAACUUGGCCAGGAGAUGGCGCUAUUAUCCUUGCUUUUCUCAGAAACUUCGUGGCAUCAUUUUCUUCACAUAUCUCUGGGUUUAGGCUCCACGUAUAUUGAGAGGGAUUCUGAAAGAAAAAGUAUGAGCACUGAGAGGACGUUUGGGGAGAUGAGUGAUGCAGAGGAGCAAUAUUCUCUUUGCAGGGAGCUCUGUCAUGAUCUAGCCCAGGACUUACAGAAGGAGGGUCUUAAGGGGAAAACUGUUACUUUAAAGUUGAAGAAUGUCAAAUUUGAGGUGAAGACCAGAGCAUUCACAUUGCAAUAUGCUGUCUGCACUGAGGAUGAAAUCUUUGCUGCUGCUAAAGAUCUCCUCAAAGUUGAGAUUGACAGUGUCAGCCCACAGCCACUGAGGCUGAGACUCAUGGGCAUUCGUGUGUCCAGCUUUAUUACUAUUGAAGAUAAAAAGCCUCUUCAGAGGAGUAUAAUGGGAUUCCUGCAAAAAGGUGGACCUGAUCCAAGUGGCUCCACACAGUGUCCUGAAUCUGUGCUUAAAUCUAAAGUAUGCAGUGAUGCCAAGUCCAGUGGAAGUCUUCUAAAGCCGCAUAAUAAAGAGAUAAAUGUACCUUCUGUCCCCGAACAAAUACUAAAAUCCAGAGGACAUCAGCAGCAAUCGUUUUUUCAAAAAGCACAGUCAAAUAGACUUCAGCAGCAGGAUCGAACAGCAAACAAUACCGCAGACACAGCUGCCGCUGCUGCUACACAGGCAGAUCUUUCAAUAACAAGCACACAAUUAGACACAACAUCACAAAAUGCAACCUCGGGGAGACACACAACAGAAAAUAUAAACAAACAAGCAACAUUGCAGACAUUAUUUAAUAACACCUCAACAAUGCAGUGUCUCACCUGCCCUGUGUGCAACAGGGAGAUGAAGGCUGUAAACCUCGUAGACUUUAACCGCCAUAUUGACGAAUGCCUCAAUGGAAGUGCAAUGGAAAAUAAAUCAACAGACAUGGAUGAGGAUCGAGAUAAAUGCAGUGAAGAACAAGGCAAACAGAAGGAGCCCUUUAGCAAACUACCUGUAGCAAACUCGGGCAGAAGGACUUUGUUACAAUCAUCAAAUAAGGAACCGUCCUGUAAUGGCAAAGGAGAAAAGCCAUCUUUUAUAUCUGUACCAAUAGUGGACAACGAUGACGGCUCUGAUUUCAAGAAGCCGUUUUUUAGCCGCAGGACAAAUGUAAAUGAUAAACAUUCAGGUUUUUCUAAUAAUGAGACGCCUCUUUGUGAAUCUACUUCUGAAACCUGUCACGAAUCACACAUUGCUGAGGUUGUCACUGUACUGUCAGCUGACUCGAAAGGCCCGUCUUUGACGUGUCCUGUGUGCAAUCAACCACAGAGCACUGAUGACCUCACGCUAUUUAACCGGCAUGUGGAUAUGUGUCUCAACCAGGAAGUGUUGCUGGAAUUCAGAGGAUCUCGUUCACCUUUGGAUCAGGCAGAUGCAUCAGCACACAGGAGCAUAGGAGACCAACUGCAAGACCAUGGAACAGCUUCUAAAGUUAGAGAAAAAAGCAAAAGACAAGGAUCAUCUGCACUUCCUCCAGCAAAGAAAACCAAACUGCUGAACACAAAACACACCAUUGACAAGUUCUUCAAAGGCAACAUCUGACAAAAUUUCUGUUUUAUCACUAGACCGCUACAAAUCCUGUGUGUCCUAUGAAGUGUAUAAAUUCAUCUUUGAAUUUAUGAAGAAGAACUGUGAUAAUCCCUAAUGCCUUUCCUUGCUCUAUCUUGUAGAAAAAUGUUGAAACAUCAAAUCAUAAAUAAUAUAUAAUGAAUGAGGACUAUGUAUGCAUAGAAAAGAGUAAAAAAAACAAGUAUUUCAUAUGCAAUUUAUUAAGAAUGUCUUUAUGCUUUGAUUUUUGUAUAUACUUUAUUGUAUUUAUUGAAAUGUGUAUGUGCGUAAGCAAAUAACUUUAUAAUUCUUAUUUGUCUAUUUUAUUAGGGGUUCAAGCAUUAAGUGCUGGAACCCUGUUGCAUUAAUGGUCCUGUCCCAAAUGGCACACUCCGGACUUGUGGUCCUCCUCAGAGUCCACACUUUGAUGACAUCACGUAGUCCAGACUUUAGGGACCCUUAAUGCGAGUCCACGUGGGUGCAACGGAGUCGUAUUUUGGGACAGACUCGAGCGUCACACCGGAAAUAGGUAGAGAAGUUGCCCGUCAGUGUGAGCUCCUCCCUUCCGUCGUCUGAUUGCUCUGAUUGCUCUGAUUGCUCUUUCGCAAGGACUUCUGGGUUGGUAAAGUGCGCGAAGCCUGCUGCAGUGCGGGCUUCGCUGAAGACCGCAUCAAGGGGGCAAAGGAGGCGCUGAUGAGCACACUUCAAAGCGUAAAAAUGACAGAUGGGACACCCUACGGACUCGUGGACUAAGCAAGCACGCGCAAUUUAAGGCCACGAGACCGAAAGUCCACAUGAAGUGCGCCAUUUGGGACAGGGCCUUUAAAGAGAUUUUUACAACCACAAAUCAAAGAAAAUUAUAACACAAUGUGUGAAAUGUGAAUAAAAACAGAAUGCAAUAAUU